AAUGAACAACCCUAAAUGGAGCCCAAAGUGACGAUCCACAGAUAUUAUAGCCGGAAAGCGAAAUAUGAAGGAUCCUUGGAAGCGGAUUUGGAACUGUGCAUCAAGCACUGCGGCGGCGACGUGGUUCGCAUAGAACUGGUGAACCAGCUGCAUGGAAUGCAACUGCAGCGCAAGCUGCGUCAAAUGCUACUGCUUGGGUUCCUAGCUAUCGCAUACUUUGUCGGGAUCUGCGGAUUUGAUAACAGGAAUAUUAGUUUCCUGCACCCGCGCAUCCUGUACCCACUAGCACUAUGUGCUUCCGUAGCCAACCUGCUAAUCCGUUCCACUCUGAACCUGGUGCAGGCAGAGCGGUUGUUCUAUAGCUGGGACAUGGCACUUCAAAUGGAGACGGUUCGCUCCUUCGGCAGGAAAUCGGUCCUCUGCGUCCAGCGGGGACACAUCGAGAACAUAGUGCUAAACGAAGUCAUUGAAAAUCUGGACGUAAAGUACAUCCUAAUAUUACGUACAAAAGGAAGUCAAUUCAUUAAGCGGCCUAUAAUACCCCUAUUCAAUAGUCAAUCCCCCCCAUUUGAGUGCAUGCUGCACGCAUGUGGCGUGCUGCAUAGAUAUUGGCUGAACAGCACCAAAGACCGAUCAGAGCAGUCCUACAUCAAGGACAAGCAGUCCUUAGUGAAUUCGUAGUCCUUGACAAUAUCGCUGAACUGUUAUUUAAAGUAUUUAAUUAAUAUGGAGACUUAAUAACAAUGUAAGAAACUUACCUGUACCGCG